AUGCGAGUGCGAUGGAUGCUGGCUUGCGAUGCUGUGCCGUUCGAGGUGCACUGGCACCGACGCUGGCAGCGCAUGCGGGAGGAGCUGCAGGACCCCGCCGCGGUGGUGGGCGAGGAGGAGGGUAAGGGCCGGACGGUGCAGUCGUUAUUCGGCUACCCGCUCGCAACGCGGGUGAGGUGCAGAGAGGAGGCGUACGACGGCAACAGUGACUAUAGGGAGUCUACCAAGGGCGUUGGGGCUCCACCACUGUUUCCGGUUGUCGCUGCUGCUAUGCCCCGUGUACUAUUUCUGGAUGACGCGGUGGCACGGAGCGACGUACGCGCGCGGCGCACGCUACACGGGGUACAUGCAGACGUGCAGCGGCGCCAAUUUGUCAUGAAACACGACGCCGCGAAGGACAAGAACGCUCAGGCCAGCGUGGGUGGCUGA